ACGCAUCAGACUUAGCAUUAGGAGCUAUACUUUCCCAAUUAGAUGCUAACCACAAGGAAAGGGUAGUAGCGUAUGCAAGUCGCUCUUUAACUACUGCUGAAAAGAAUUAUGCAGCAACGGAAAAAGAGUGUCUUGCUGUAGUCUGGGCCAUUACCUUAGCAGGUCUAAGGACUCGACAUUACUUCAUCCGAAGUAAAUUACUUUAUAAAACCAACCCACGUGAUCCCGAAAGACCUCAGAGAGUCUUAAAGCCUCAGGAAGUUAAACCUAUACUACAUGCUAUGCAUACUGACCCCUUAGCCGGACAUUUUGGAUAUGAAGGAACUUAUCAGCGGAUAAGGACCGUUGUAGUGACCUAUCCGGCUGAGCCAACUACCGAAACUGAGACUCAAGACUAUCUUUUCAGAAGAAUUGAGUCUCUUCUAGGGAACCUAGAAGAUGCCCGAAACCAAGCCCAAGAAAAU